AUGACGCGCCACCUAAUCUGCUGUGCACACAUUGACCACACCUACAAGCAGAUCGAUAACGAGCCAUGCCACAAGUCUGAAACCCGCCACGUCGAGGCCCAAGAGGGUGGUUGCAUCAACGAAGCAAUUCCGAAUAAUAUCUGCAAGGACAAGCACGAGAACAUCUGGGUGUUCGAUCAUUGGCCCAAGUCGAGGUCUAGGAUGUUUGUGGAGCCAUGUGGCCCGCUUGCCGACGGUUGUCUCAAGGGGGUUUUUAUGUUGAAGGAACAUACCUGCGGCCUUGGACGUGGAUUCAAAGGUGCCUGGAGACAUAUGGAUGUCGAUGGCAACUUGAUUGGAGAGGCUGCUAGCAAGAUGCUAGAGACAGGCGUAAACAAGGGUGCGGCGGGAGUUGACAUGAUAGAGACGGCUGGGGUGAAAGUUGCUACGGAGAAUAAUAUGAUAGAGGAGGCUGCAGUGAAAGAUGUCAAGGGUUGGGAUGUUGACAUGUUUUAG